GCACCGUUUACAGGGAAACGAACGUUACUGUUGACAGGAGAUCUAAGGAAAGUCGUUGCGUCGAGAUUCGAACUUUAACCAGUUUUAGUUUGUAUUUAAGGUUAAAUGUACGACGCGUGUUUUUUCAACGAGCUGAGUUUCGGAUCUGAACCAGGAAAUGGAGGCGCGCUUCGGCAGAGAAGUGGCGUCUGUGGUGGAAGUCGCCAUCCGGUCCACCGUGUCUGCGUUCAGGGAUGUUUGGGCGAAAGAGGCGCCGGACUGGGACUGGGAAGAGCAGAAGAGGCUGAGGUUCGGAGAGAUCCGGGAGAUAGAGAUGAGCCUGGUGGCUCGGAUCCAAACGGUGUUCGCGGAGCUCUGCUCGGAGCUGUGCGAGGAGAACGAGGCUCUGCGGGCCAAGGUGGAGCAGCUGGAGGACGUCCUGCGGAGGAAAGCCGGGCGGCUGGAGCAGGAGCUGGAGGCCAGGGUGGGUCAGCUGGGCAGGGACAUGGAGCAGCUGGAGAAGGAGCUGAAGACCAUCAGUGAAGGAGGCAGCAAGACCCAGGAGGAGCCUGCGGACAUGCUGCAGGUGGUUCUCGGUUCAACUACAGGAGGAUGUCAGACGUCUGUCCCCUCCAUUCAGACGGGGGUUAAAUCUGACCAAGACCUCGCCCCAAACUCGCCUUUAGCUUCAGCAGGAGGCACUGAGGUCGUCCCCGGGUCCCCGACCUCCUUCGUGACGGUCUCCGCAGUCGCAGCAGCUCCGGAGAUCUUUAUCAGCUCGAUCCCCUCCGCCUCCACGGUGCUGGUGGUGGGCGCCAACGAAGUCGUCACUCAGACCACCCUGCCUUCUCUAAACGUCUCUGAAACGCUGAUGCUGGACCUGGACCUGAAACUCCCACGGUCCCCUGAGUCUGCACCUCAGGACGCACCCAGUCCAGACUCCAGCAUCGUCGGUGGUCUGGACUUCACUCAGGAAAAGCCAUCACAGAACUCCAUCGAGGACGGACCCUCAGGGGAAACGAGAGGAGGAAGUGAUCAAACUGAAGGAGUUUCUUCUGACAACCUCUCAGAGGAGAAACAAGUGAAGCUGGAUGAGGUGCCGGGGAGAAGUCUCAGAAGAACAGAGUCUCAGACGGGGAAGCGGUUCUUCUGCGAGCUCUGCGAUACCGGGUUUCACUGGAAAGGUGAUCUGAAGAAACACAUGAAGGUCCACAAAAAGCCUUUUCCAUGUGAGCAGUGCAGCAGAAGCUUCCUGGAGAAGAAGUCUCUUGAAAAUCACCUUCUGCGUCACGAGUCGACGAAAGCCCCGCUGCCCUUCCCUUGUGUUUGUUGUAAGAGGUCCUUCAAGAAGGAGCAGUCGCUCCAGAACCACCUCAAACGUCACCAGGUGUCCAAACCACCGAAGCCGUUCGCCUGCGACCAGUGCGCGAAAACGUUCAGGGUCCAGCAGUCUCUGGAAAACCACCUUCUGCGCCACGAGAAGAAGAACCAGCUGUUCAAGUGUCAGUUCUGCGACAAGACCUGCAAGACGUCGGUGCAGCUCCGGUGCCACCUGGCCGUGCACUCGGAGGAGCGGCCGUUCAGCUGCGCCACGUGCGGGAAGGAGUUCAAGAGCAAGGACACCCUGCGCUUCCACCAGAAGGUCCACACCAACGCCAAGAAGUACAAAUGCACCAUGUGCGAGGAGUCCUUCAAGUAUGCCCACUCGCUCACCGUGCACAAGAGGAAGCACACGGGCGACCGGCCGUUCUCCUGCGACCUGUGCAGCCGCUCGUACCGGACCGGCACCGCUCUGAAAAGACACAAAGUGAUCCACACGGGAGAGAAGCCGUUCACGUGCCACAUAUGUGGCGCGAGGUUCAACCUCAACAACAACUUGAAAAGGCACCUCCGCCUCCACACGGGGGAGAAACCGUUCACCUGCCAGGACUGUGGCAUCAGCUUUUCCGACAACAACAAGCUCAAGUCCCACAUGCUGAUCCACGGCGCCAGGAAGCCGUUCAUGUGCGACCUCUGCGGGAAGACCUUCCUCUUCAACUGCAGGCUGCAGAUCCAUCAGAAGUUUGUGCACGCCGACAAGUCCCAGUGUUCAGAGGGUCUGUUCCUGACCAGACGGCAGAACAAGUCGCUGGUUAAACCGUUCAGCUGCAAAGUCUGCCUGAAGGGUUUCAGCUCCGCGUGCUCGCUCAAGCUCCACGAGAAGGGCCACAGCGAGCACAAGGAGUUCCAGUGCGGCAUCUGCGGGAAGGCUUUUCACAGCAAGUACUCCUUCAGCUACCACCUGCGGAGCCACUCGGGGGAGAAGCCGUUCGUUUGUGACGUGUGUGGGAAGAGGUUCUUCCACACAGCCAGCCUGAAGCAGCACGAGCGCAUUCACACGGGAGAGAAACCGUACAAGUGCGAUCAGUGCGGCAAGGCCUUCAGGACGGACGGCAACUUCUACAGACACGUGCGAAUCCACACCGGGGAGAAACCUUUCGAAUGUAUGUACUGUCAGAAGAAGUUCCACCAGUCCAACCAGCUCAAGUCCCACCUGCAGAUCCACACGGGCCAGAAGCUCUACUCGUGUCAGCAGUGUGGACGCGGCUUCUCCGACUCGCGGCAGUUCAAGAAGCACAGCUGCGACGGCUCUUAGCUCAACAAACUGGGCUCUUCUAGUAAUUAGAGGCUUUAAAGUGGAAAAAUAAAAAUCACAGAGUUUGAAUAUUUUUCUCGUAG